UCUUUUAUCCCAGGCUCUGCAAGCCUACACAGAUAACCAGAAAUCCUCCUAUGAACAAGUGAAUUACCCACAUGUGCUUCUCUAAGACAAAUAAAACUCUGUGAUGCUGUGCCUGCUUUGUGGAACAGGAGGGCUUUGUGAUGUAGUCCAGUUGUCUGCAUCCAUUAUCUGUGAGGCAAGGCCUAGAACCUGGAGGCAUUAGAUUCCAAGACUUGGAAGCCUAGGAAAAGGGAUGGUUAGUGAGGUUUAGAUCAUGUUGAGACCUGCCUUUCUUCUGUGGGAUGUGGACUAUCCCUUAUAUACCUAUGGAUCCAUCUUAAUUAUUGUAUUAAUUAUUUGGCAAGUGAAAAAAAGGCACCAAAAAUUAAUGUUGAGACCUAGUAAGAGCUGUUGCCAGCAUCAUCAAAGAGUCAAACACAGGUCUAGAGAGAGAACAUUAAGAGCUAAGAGAACCUCCCAGAAAGAAGCUGAGAAGCUGCAGAACCUACUGUCUAUCAUGAAAAGUAAGGGGUGGCUUCCCCAGGAAGGACAUGUGCGGCGGCUCCUGUGUGCAGAUCCCUCCUGCCAAAUCUGCAAUGCCAUGGCUCUGAAGAUUCAGCAGAUGCUUGUGGGUGCUCCAGAAGUUGACUUGGGGAAUACAAUGACAUUCUUUUCACACUGGAUUAACCCUGAAGUGAAAGGUCAAAGCCACGAGGAACCUAUUCUCCAUUCUAAAUCUGAGACAGUAGCCAAAUCCAGGGCAAAAGAGGUUAAGAAGGUUCUAACCCCCACCAAAGACCACAUCAGGGAAGCUAACUUGAAGAUGACAACAAAGGACCCUGAGGCCCAGCCUCCCCAUACUGAGAAGGAGCCCUUGACUUUUUCUGAUGCCCAGAGUCCCUACACAGUCAGCUCUGGCAAUACUUCCUCCAGUCCAGCCAAUCCUGGGGCCUGUGCCUCUCCCACAGCUGCUUCAAAAUCUCACCUCAACUGGCUUGUGCCACCCAACCAAGGAAUAUAACCUAGGUCUCAACUCUCAUGUCAGCAGAAGACACUGGUUUACACAAAGAGAAUAUUCAUUCCAAGCAAAAGGAGUUUGUACAUUCCCAAACCUUUGCAUCCCUGGUGGAAAAGGCUGCAUAUAGCCAUUUUCAUUAACAUGAAAGUGAGGCAUGGCAUUCUCCAAAUACACUCUAUACCUGUAAGCAAAGAACCACUUGUUUGUGUCUCCUUUUCAUCAGUGU